AUGGACGACACGGUGCGGAUCAACGGGGUCUUGGGCCCCGAAGCCAGCCUGCCCUUCCUGAGCCUCUCGGGCGGGACCAGCGGCGUGCAGGUGCUCUCCCCGCUGCUGGAGCAAAUCGCCGUGGGACCCACGGACGGCACGGUGGGAGUGGUGGUGCGCAACGCCGCCGCGACGGGGGAGGCGGCGCUGCUUUUGGACGCCAACAACCAAGCCGGCGUGGCGGAGCUCAAGGUGCGGGCGGGCGGCAAUUGCGAGCUCAACGCCCAGUUCCAGUUCAUCAGUUUCAACACGACCAACGGCCUGGCCAAUCUGGCCAUCGAGCCCAACAUCGGGGGCAGCAACGAUGGGGAGGUGAUCUUCGGGUAUGGGUUUGUCAAUCUGAGCGACCGGGCGCUCAAGGAGAACGUCCGGGCCAUUCCGGACGAGGAGCUGCAAGAGACUUUUGACGCCGUGGAGCCGCAGCUCUUCGACCGCAUCGACGGCGGCAAGGAGCAGAUCGGCUUCGUGGCCCAGGACGUGCAGGCCAGCGGCAAGCUGGGGGCGACGAUGUGCAAGACGAAGAACCUGGACGGCCGGGAGCUGAUGGCCCUUGACAACCAGAAGCUCUCGGUGGUGCUCUGGGGCGUGGUCAAGAAGCUCCAGAAGCGGGUGGAGGCCCUGGAGAAGAAGAAGAAGCGCAAGGACUCGGACUAA